AUGAAGGCUUCACUUAUGCUCGGGGCCAUUGCCCUAUUUCCAACAGCAAUUUCAGCCAAAGCAUCGCCACCCGCAGCAAUUGACGAAUACUGCCGUCAAAAAGGUCAAUUUGCCCAGCUGGUGAAAGGAGUCUGGAAAUGUGUCCAAAUCUCAGAUAUAUGCAGUCCCAGUGAGGAUAUAGCCACUAUUCACCAUGAUAAAGAUACAGGUGAAUGGGUUUGUUGCUUAAAGGGCCAUGAGCUUAAAAAUGGUGAAUGCGUAUCACCUGAACCAGAGUGUCCUCUUCCUACUGGAUUCUGCAAAUCUCCCACUUGUGCACAAAUCCUAAGGUCUGCCGAACUGGAGACUCUUCUCCGUCAAGCCUUUUCAGAAUGUUUCCCCCACGAUGAGAUACAUCUGGAUUCAUUCAUCAAGUAUCAAAUAAAUUCUCUCGAGACUGGAAUCAACCUUUUUGAAAAGAUUCAUCAAGACAAGAAGGAUUCACUCCUGGUCCAGGGGCGCCAAUCACCUUUCAGUCCCUCUAGGGAAUGGUGGAAUUGUCCUCAGGAUAAUUCGCCCUGCAAAUGGCUCGCUUUGGAGAAUAAUAAUGCCCCCAAAAAGUUGGCCCCAACAGGUCGUGAAAAAUUGAUUCUACCUAACCCAAACCAAUCAAUCCCCAAUUACGUAUAUCCAUUCGAUAUGUGGGUGACAAAGCUUGCCGGUGGACAAUUCACACUUUACAUCAACGGCGAACAGAUCGAAUCGCAUGACUCAGGUCUUGACUUUUUUAUCCCUGCUGGAACUGCCGCUGAUGAUGUUUGGUACAAGUCUGAAACUGGUGCCAUGAUUCACUUCUACGGAUCGUGCUCUACCUAUACCCCGUGUUUGGGAAGAAAAGUCGUUCCUUGGACUAGAGGUGUUUCGCAUAAACGACUAGGACAAGAUGGAGAGAUCUAUAUUGGCCAAUAUGAUGAAGACUUGGUUCUUACCAUUGCCGAUACUGAGACGACUUCCGAGCAAUACACUGUUUUCGCCGACGGCGUGAAGCUUGGCUCUACCCAUGGCAGGCUCACUCUAGGAGACGAAAAGUACAAGAGAUCCAAUAUCCGUAUGGUUGAUGUGGGAUCUGGAGCUGCCGGCGCUCUACGAAGUAUUGCGAACGAUGGGUUUUGGGGAUCAUUCAAGAUUCCUAGAGGAGCUAAGAAGAUUACCAUCGUUGACGAUUCGUCUGAUUUCGAUUUCGCCUUUGAGUAUCGUCUUGAUACCGCAUGUAGCUGCUAA